CACCCCCUUCACUCCACGAGAGCUACCUGAGCUUGCUCUCCAUUCCCAGCCAUCGCUCUCCUCAAUAAUCACAAGUACCACCCACUGGCCAGCGACUACACGAGCUGAGCUUGCUCCACUCACUCACUCACAAGCAAGCCAGACUGCCAGAGUACUCGCUCGCUAUCUCCUCUCUUCUUGAUCUCCAAGCUUGAGCACUGCUGCUUGACUCGGGCAACCAAGAGCCCACCAGAGGCAGAGCUAUAUAUAGGGGCCGGUGAUAGGGAGAAGCAGGGACAACCAGCUAGCUAGAGCGCGCGUGCGUGGCGAUGCAUGGCAUGUGCUAACAUGUACAAUCCGGAGCACCACCAGCACCAGCCGGCGCCCUUCAUGGCGCCGCGGAUGUCCUUCUCCAGCGACUUCGCGGUGGAGCCGCCGCCCCCGGCCGCGGCCCGGGUGGUCGCGGCGGCGCCGGGGGACGCCGACUUCGAGUUCUCCGUCGGCAGUCACCCGAUGAUGGCCGCCGACCAGCUCUUCUCCAAGGGCCGCCUCCUGCCGCUCCGGGAGGCCCCGCACGGCGGCCGCCCCGUCACGCUGCGCGACGAGCUGCGCGCCGACGAGCGCCACGGCCGGCUGCCCCGCGCCCCCAACAUCCGGUGGAAGGAGCUGCUCGGGCUCAAGAAGGCGUCCAAGAAGCAGGCCGCCGCCACCGCCGGCACGUCCACCGAUGCCCAUACGGAUCUUGGAGGCCUGCAGGGAGGCGCGAGAGACUGAAGCAGCAUGACAUGAAUCGUGAGUGGCCAACAAGUAGUAGUAUGGAACUAUGGAUGGUGGUUGCUAUUGGGUGGUGGUGUGUGCCUUUCAGCUAGCUGCGUGCUCAAUCAUGUCAGUGCUUAAUAUUCGGAGAAGAGUGGAGAAGACGACGCCCGGAGGCACACAACACCAAUGGGCAUUAUUUCCUUGCAUGUCACCUCUUUGCUCCUGCUGAUGAUUCUCCUCUCUUUGGUAUUAAUUAUUCCGGGUGUAAAAGAGAAUUUUUGAUCAUAUUUGUUUCUUGGUACGUAGUGCUAGUAGUCAGUAAUUGUUCGUCAUUCUAGAUGCAUGCAUCCGUGGAUGCUUGAAUUGAAUUUGUAAUGGUCGCUGUGUAGUUUAUUAGCAGCAGCUGCUAGCUGCUGCAGUCGUAGAGAGUCAAAUUAACUCCCGCUAGCUAGCUGUGCCUAUCAUCAUCUCUGAUGUUUUGAAAGGGCCAGUAGUUGAAUUUACUAGUAUUUUUUUCCCGCCAGCACAUGGCGCGUGU